AUGGAUGUUAUUGGAUAUCUUGCUGAAAUUGGGAGUGAGAAGACUCUUGAAAAAGAUAGCAAAUCUACUAAGUACAAUGUUAUUGAAUUAGAGAUUGAUGAUAGUUUUGUAAGAUUUGAAGAACCUAGGGAUAACAUGGGUAGAAUUCCAAAUGAAGCUGCAUUCUUAAAAAUUUAUCAAGACAAAACCAUUAAGCAGUUAAAGGAAUUAAAUAUGGAUGUUGACUAUACCAGUAGUUUGUUUCCAACUUCAAAGGCAUCCUCAAUCAUUGAAGGGGAGGAAGAAGAAGGUGCUAUGAUACUUGAUGUUAGAAAUAGAAAUAUUGGUUCUUUUGUUGGUGAUGAGUCAGAAGUUGAAAUUUCAGAUGAUCUGUUGAUUACAACUACUGAUGACCCUCUCUCUCAUUUGGUAAACUUUGUAUAUCCAAAUUUGUUGCAAAACAUGUCAGAUUGCAGGGAUGAAUUGGAAAAGGAGUAUCUGAGUUCUGACACAAUAUGUCAAGCUGAUGAGAAUGAAGAUGUACAACAAGAGUGGUUCACACCAGAGACAAGGUUAAUAGGUAACGAACUUGACAACAACGUAAUUGGAGCGAUGGUAGUGACUGUGACCAUUAACAAGAGUCAGGGUCAAUCAUUAUCACAUGUAGGACUUUACUUGCCAAAAUCAGUGUUCACCUAUGGACAACUUUAUGUUACUUUGUCAAGAGUUAAGGGUCGCAGUGGCCUUAGGGUUCUAAUUCUUGACGAAGAUGAUGUUAUUAGAUAUCUUGCUAGAAUUGGGAGUGAGAGGACUCUUGAAAAUGAUGGCAAGUCUACCAAGUACGAUGUUAUUGAAUUAGAGAUCGAAUAUGGAUAA